CAUGGGGCAGUUUUGGGUUUAUUUGGGCCUUGGAAAAUAAGAUUUCUAGUGAAUUGCUUCUUCUCUGCUCCCGCCUUCACACCGCCGUUACCGGCAGCGAGUAAAAUCUUCGCCUCCGUCAACCUCCACCGUGGCUCCGUCAUCUCACUGCAACUCCCCACCUCUACCGUGAAUCGAAGUUAACGGAAUCGAGAAAAACCAUUAUAUUUGCUCCGUCAUCUCACUGUAACUCCUCCUUCUCCGUCGUCACACUGCUGUCGACGGGUGAAUCCACUCAAAUUAUGCAAAAUAUGGAAGUAGAGAGAGUUUUUAUAGGAGCAGGAUGCAACAGAGUAGUGAAUAACGUUUCAUGGGGUGCUUCUGGUUUAGUUUCUUUUGGUGCCCAAAAUGCUGUUGCCAUUUUCUGUCCAAAGACAGCUCAAAUCUUGACUACACUGGCUGGUCAUAAAGCUUCUGUGAAUUGUACCCUUUGGCUUCCCAAUAGCAAGUUUGCAUUCAAAGCUAAGCAGCUGGAGCAACAUCUUUUGCUUUCUGGAGAUGCGGAAGGUGUAAUAAUUUUGUGGGAGUAUUCUCUUGUGGAUGCGAAGUGGAGAUAUGUCUUACAAGUGCCACAAGUCCACAAAAAAGGUGUUACCUGCAUCACGGCGAUCAUGGUGUCUCAGCAAGAAGCUGUUUUUGCAUCUGCAUCCUCUGAUGGCACUGUGAAUGUAUGCGAAGUAGUAUUUCCAUCUACUCGUGGAGGUGAUUGCAAAUUGUCGUGCUCGGAUUCUCUUUUUGUUGGUCAGAAACCUAUGGUUGCUCUUUCACUAGCAGAGCUCCCAGGGAAUAGCAAGCAGCUGGUUCUGGCCAUGGGAGGAUUGGACAACAAAAUUCAUCUAUAUUGUGGUGAGAGAAAUGGAAAAUUUCUUCGUGCUUGUGAGUUAAAGGCUCAUACAGACUGGAUUAGGAGUUUAGAUCUCUCAUUGCCUGUGUAUGUGAAUGGUGAAUCUAGUCUUCUACUUGUAAGUUCAUCCCAAGACAAAGGCAUUCGCAUAUGGAAGAUGACCUUACAGGAUUCUUCAGCUAGUAACAAGAAGCAGCAAACAAGUUUGGCUUCUUACAUUAAAGGUCCUGUUCUUGUAGCUGGCUCAUCCUCUUAUCAGAUCUCUAUGGAAUCUCUCCUCAUUGGGCAUGAAGAUUGGGUAUACUCAGUGGAAUGGCAGCCGCCAUCGACUUCUUCUGUUGAGGGAAUUGAGUGUUUUCAGCCUCAAAGCAUUUUAUCUGCAUCCAUGGAUAAGACAAUGUUGAUCUGGCAACCUGAAAAGACAACUGGUAUUUGGAUGAAUGUAGUCACCGUUGGGGAAUUAAGUCACUGUGCUUUGGGAUUUUAUGGUGGUCACUGGAGUCCAAAUGCAGAUUUUAUUUUAGCUCAUGGAUAUGGUGGAUCUUUUCACCUCUGGAAAAAUGUUGGUAUUGAGUAUGAUGACUGGAAGCCACAAAAAGUUCCAUCUGGACACUUUGCUGCAGUGUCAGACAUCGCCUGGGCUAGAUGUGGGGAAUAUAUGAUGUCUGUCAGUCAUGAUCAGACAACUAGAGUAUUUGCUCCUUGGCUCAACAAUACAAGCGUACAGAAUGAGGAAUCCUGGCAUGAAAUUGCUCGCCCUCAAGUUCAUGGUCAUGACAUAAAUUGUGUCACAGUAAUCAAAGGAAAAGGAAAUCAUCGUUUUGUUGGCGGUGCAGACGAGAAAGUUGCAAGAGUUUUUGAAUCUCCUCUAUCCUUUCUGAAGACGCUGAGCCAUGUAACAUCAGACAACUCUAGUUUUUCUGCCGACAUUCAAGCUGAUGUGCAGAUAUUAGGGGCAAAUAUGUCUGCUUUAGGUCUAUCACAGAAACCUAUUUAUGUUCAGGCAUCGACACCAAUAGACAGAAGCAAUACGGAAGGUUUUGAUACUCUAGAAACUGUUCCUGAAGCAGUUCCAGUUGUCUUGACAGAGCCACCUAUUGAAGAGCAAUUGGCAUGGCAUACUCUAUGGCCUGAAUCACACAAACUUUAUGGUCAUGGGAAUGAGCUUUUUUCUCUAUGUUGUGAUCAUGAUGGAAAGCUUGUAGCUUCAUCCUGCAAGGCACAAUCAGCACCGGUUGCUGAAAUAUGGCUUUGGCAAGUUGGUUCUUGGAAAUCCGUUGGUCGUUUACGGUCUCACAGUUUAACAGUGACCCAAAUGGAGUUCUCUCAUGAUAACAAGUAUCUCUUGGCUGUUUCAAGAGAUCGCCACUUCUCUGUUUUUCAAAUUAAUCAUAAAGGAACUGAUGAGAUCGAUUACCAGCUCGUAGCUAAGCAAGAAGCACAUAAAAGAAUAAUAUGGUCAUGUUCUUGGAACCCAUUUGGUCAUGAAUUUGCUACUGGUUCAAGGGACAAAACUGUCAAAAUAUGGGCCGUGGGAACUGAAACCUCGGUGAAGCUACUGUUGACACUUCCACCUUUCAAAAGCAGCGUCACUGCCCUGUCUUGGUUAAGUCUCGAUAACCAUAGCAAUCAUGGGCUUCUUGCAGUGGGAAUGGAAAAUGGCUUGAUUGAACUAUGGAAUCUGGAUAGCAGAGGAGGAGAUGGGCAUUUAUCAGUCCAAAAUGCUUCUCCCGCUGUCAAGUUUGAUCCAUUUCUAUGCCACGUCUCUACUGUUCAACGACUAUCUUGGAGAAAUCCUCAGAAGAGCGAAGAUUCUGAGACCGUGCAGCUUGCCUCCUGUGGAGCUGAUCAUUGUGUGAGAAUAUUCAGGGUAAAUGUUACCUAAGCUAAACAAAUUUUGGUAGAUAGAUGUUUGCUUUAGCCUUGUCUUGUUGAAAUUGGUUGUCAACCUAUUGUAAUGGUAAUAGUCAACUACUCUACACUAAAAUUACUCAUAUUCGAUAUUCACACCAAAUCAUUAGAUGUAUAACAGAUGUUUGAAGACUUUAUUUUGUAGUAUCAAGCCAAAGGAUCAAGCCAGCGCGUUUGAGAAUUGAUGGAGUUCAUCCGAAUCCCCUUUCAAUGAAAAAUUAUCUUGUUUAUAAGUA